CACAGCCUGGCCUGCUUUGUGCAGGCGUUGGAGGGCCAGCGGGUUGUGGUCGAGCUGCGCUACGACAGCAUCAUUCGCGGCCAGCUGCUGGCGGCGGACGACCAGCUGAACCUGCAGCUGGGUGAAGCCAGCUACCAGGCGCUGCAGGGCGAGCGGCGGUCGUGUGAGUUUUUGUACGUCAAGGGCCGCCACAUUCGCUUCAUCCACCUGCCCGGCAAUUUGGACCCCGCGGCCGCCAUCGAACAG